AUGCUCAACUUUAGGACUCUCUUAUCACGCCCUGUCGGUUCGUUGCUGGUCGCAGCUCCCCUGGCCACUGCUUUCUUGGCGGUCAAGACGCUCCCUCCCUCCUCUCAUUUUCGCCCCGUCCGUCUCUUUAGUAGUACCGGUAGCACCGCCAGCGAUGCUGCCGUGUCGUCUCUUCCACGCCGUCUCCUCGAUCCCGAAGGAAACGAGCUCUCCUCCGAACACUAUUCCGAACUGUUGAGUGGCAAACGGGUUGCCUACUAUAUGGCUGCCGGAUGGUGUCCCAUGUGUACAUCGUUUGAACCCUCCCUGCUCCAAUUUCGACAAGCGGCUCGUGAUGCGGGCAAGGGAGAGUUGGCAUUGAUAUAUGUACCCUCGGAUCGAUCCCAAGAGGCGGCUCUCCAGAGAGCCAGCGCCUUUGAAAUGCUCAGUGUUCCAUUUGGGGACGAUGCCGAUGAAAUCAAGCGACAAUACAACAUUUGGUCUGGCUCGGAAUCACUCAAAUUUGGUUUUGGUCGUCGAUCGGGAGUCCCAGCGUUGGUAGUGUUGAGUGGUGAAACAGGAGAGGAACUGGCAUUUUUACCUGCCGAAGCCCAAGGUGUCAAGGCGCUUCAGGCGUGGCCGCUAGAAGACGACACGGGAGUAUGGUAG